AUGGCCGUCCGCACCCCCCCCGCCGAUCCGCUCCUGGUGAUCCUCGGGUCGACAGGGACGGGCAAAUCCGACCUGGCCGUCGAGCUCGCGACUCGCUUCGGGGGCGAGAUCAUCAACGCCGACGCCAUGCAGCUCUACCGAGGGCUCCCCGUGCUGACGAAUAAAAUGCCGGUGCCGGAGCGGCGCGGGAUCCCGCACCACCUCCUCGGCCACAUCGCGGCCGACGAAGCCCCCUGGGACGUUGACGACUUCAAGCGCGAGGCAACCAAGGCGAUGGCCGAGAUUCGCGCCAGGGGCAACCUGCCGAUACUCGUCGGCGGGACGCAGUACUACGUCGACUCCCUGCUCUUCGCCGACGUCAUCCUCGACGGCGUGCAGUGCGAGGCCCCCUCCGGGACGUUUCCCUUCCUCGACUCGCCGACGGAGACGCUGCUCUCGGAGCUGCAGAGGUGCGACCCCGUCAUGGCGGAACGAUGGCACCCCAACGACAGACGCAAGAUCCAGCGCUCGCUCGAGAUCUUUCUGCAGACGGGCAAGCCGGCGUCGCAGUUUUACGCCGAGCAACGGGAACGCAAGGCGGCGGCGGCCAGCCGAGAUGCCACUUCGUCGAGCCGGCCACGGUGGGAGAAGCUCCUGUUCUGGGUCCACUCGGACCGCGACGUUUUGCGCGAGCGACUCGACGAGCGCGUCGACAGGAUGCUCUCCGGCGGCCUCCUCGACGAGGUCGGCGAGCUCGUCGACUUGAAGCGGCGCAGAGCGGCGGCGGGCCAGGCGCUCGACACGACAAAGGGCAUCUGGCAGUCGAUCGGCUACAGGCAGUUCGAGGCGUACCUGGCGGCCCUCGACGGCGGCGCGACCGACGACGGCGGCCUCGACGAUCUCAAGGCCAAGGCGGUGGAGGAGACGAAGUCGGCGACGCGGCGUUAUGCCGUCCAGCAGACUCGCUGGAUUCGACUCAAGCAGAUGCGUCGGUUGCAGGAGGAAGGUGCCGAGGCUAUGGACAGCCUCUAUGUCGUCGACAGCACCGACCAGGCGCAGUUCCAGCAGGACGUCGUCCAGCCGGCCGCCGGCAUCACGGCGCAGUUCCUCGCCGGCGAGGAGCGGCCUCGGCCUCGCGACGUCUCGGAGCGUGCGCGGCAGGUGCUCACGGCGGCCGCGGAGCCGCCGGCGCAGGAAAAGCCGUCGAAGCGCACGUGCGAGCUGUGCCAGACGGUGCUGGUGACGGAGCAGGCGUGGCAACGACACAUCAAGGGCGUCAGCCACAGAAGGGCGUUGAGGAGGAAGCAGAGGCUCGCGCUCGUGCCCACGGAAGAGCGGGAGAGAGACGAGGCUGAUGUCGGGACACGGCCGUCGAGCCCUGAGAUUGGAUCCAUGUUCUCGUCACCCGCCGAAUGA